AUACCAUACACACAACCCCUCCACCCAACCCAGUUAUAUUAUUGGGGUCUCUCUCUCGCUGGCUUGCAAAACAGAGAAGAGGACACUACAAGGAAGGAGCAAAGCCAUCGACCGCUACAACAAGAAGGAAAAGAAGUAAUAGUACAAGGACCAAAAAAAUUGAAUCACUGCUCAGAGGUGGCUGAGAAUGGCGAGCGUACUAGGAGUCGCUGACCGAGAUUUUAACUACAAGGAGACUGAGCUGUGUCUUGGAUUGCCCGGUGGUGGAAAAACUGAGAUGGAGACCACAUCAAAGGCAACUGGGAAAAGAGGAUUUGCUGAGACUGUUGAUUUGAAGCUUAAUCUCCAGGCAAAGGAUUGUGUCAUGGAUCUGAAUGAUAAUAUCAAGAAUGCUUCUAAGGACAAGAACCUCCUUCCUGCUGCUACCAUCAAGGACCCGGCCAAGCCACCAGCCAAGGCACAAGUUGUGGGUUGGCCACCGGUUAGAUCUUACAGGAAGAACAUUAUGGCUCAGAAGAACACCAGCGAGGAAGGUGAGAAAGCAAGCGGCAAUAGUGCAGCAUUUGUGAAGGUUUGCAUGGAUGGUGCACCUUAUCUUCGUAAGGUAGACCUGAAGAUGUACAAAAGCUACCAAGAGCUAUCUGAUGCCUUGGCCAAAAUGUUCAGCUCUUUCACCAUGGGUAAUUAUGGAGCCCAAGGAAUGAUAGACUUUAUGAAUGAAAGCAAGUUGAUGGAUCUUCUCAACAGCUCUGAGUAUGUGCCAACCUAUGAAGAUAAGGAUGGUGACUGGAUGCUCGUGGGCGACGUUCCGUGGGAGAUGUUUGUUGAUUCAUGCAAGCGCUUGCGCAUUAUGAAAGGAUCUGAAGCUAUUGGACUUGCACCAAGAGCUAUGGAGAAAUGCAAGAGCAGAACCUGAAAUGAAGAACCAAACUUAAAUCAGCUUGCCAUCUGCGGUGCUAGCUGCCUCUAUAUUUGGUCUUUAUGUCCAAGAAGGCUAGGUAGAAAACUAGGCACUUGUGCAAGCCAAAAAAAAAUGGUGUUUCUUUGGAUGUGUUUGUAUUUUAAUUUGAUGGUAUAUAGAUAUCAAAGAUCUAGACAUUUGUAAUGGACAAGAAGCAAUAAACUUAACCCCUAUUGUCUGGCUUGUUUAUUACUAAUAGCUUGCUUAUUAAUAAUUCCCCCCUUAUUUUGGCUA